GUGGAGACCACAGGGGUCAUCUCCCAGUUUAACCACAAACAUGUUUUUUACACGUUUAUGGAAGAAGACAACUGAAGGACUCUAGACUGCUAAGGAUUGCUGGGAGGUGUAGUUCUACAGCAGCUCGGGAGUCACAGGUUUACUGCCCCUUUGAGGAGGUCAGACUGUUGUGACAUCACUGUAGUGACAUCACUGACUGUAGCUGCACGCUCCAUACGGCAGGAUGUUCAUGUCUCAAUGAAGAUCUGGAUGAGGAGUGAAAUGUUCGAUCCACACACUCCAGCCGUCAUAUUCGACAAUGGGUCGGGCCUGUUCAAAGCCGGACUGUCUAGCGACACAGCCCCGCGGUCAGUCAUCAGCUCGGUGAUCGGUCGCCCCAGAUCAGACCACAGUUUGGUGGAGGCCAGCAGAAGACAGUACUAUGUGGGUGAAGAAGCUCAGGCAUUGAGAGGCAUCUUAAACCUGACCUACCCCAUCGAGCACGGCAUUGUGACUUCCUGGUCGGACAUGGAGAAGAUCUGGCAGCACAUGUACAACUGUGAACUACACAUCCAGUCCAGCGAAAUGCCGCUCCUGUUAACCGAACCUCCCCUCAAUCCGACCAACAACCGCGAGAUGAUGGCAGAAGUGAUGUUCGAGAGCUUCAGCGUGCCUGCUAUGUAUGUGGCCUUACAAUCCACCCUGUCUCUCUAUGCCAGUGGCCGCACAUCGGGCCUGGUCAUGGACAUUGGAGAUGGUGUCACCAACACGUUCCCCAUUUUUGAAGGAUUUCAUCUGCACCAUGCUGGGAAUCGCCUUAACGUUGCCGGGCGGGAUAUCACCGAAUAUUUCACCAGGCUUCUUACAGAGACUGGACUUUCCUUUGUCAGCAGCUCAGAGAAAGAGACUGCCCGAACCAUGAAGGAGAACCUUUGUUAUGUGGCCUUAGAUCCGAAGGAGGAAAUGGGAAAAGAUCCCGACAGCUGUCUGGCCAAAUACACUCUUCCCGAUGGAAAGGUCAUCACCGUUGGCGACCAAAGAUUCCGUGCACCUGAGAUCCUCUUUACACCAUCUAAAAAUGGGGUAGAGGCUCCUGGAGUGCACACUAUGAUCUACAACAGCAUUCUGAGCUGCAACUUGGACAUCAGAAGGCCUCUAUUCGAGAACAUCCUACUGUCUGGCGGUUCUACCCUCUUCCAAGGUUUUGAGGACAGAGUUCACAGCGAAGUUACAACCCUGGCACCGGAGACUGUCAAGGUGAAAGUUAUUGCCCCCAGCGACAGGGAAAUCGCUGCAUGGAUUGGAGGAGCAGUCCUGACCAACUUAGAGUCCUUCAAGGACAUGUGGAUCACGGCCAUGGAUUACAAAGAACAUGGUGUCACCAUUGUACAUCAGAAAGGUGCCUGAUUCUGUGCUUUUCCUGAAACUUAAUGUAACCUAUUGACAUCUAAUAAAACAAGAUGCCAUCC